AUGAGGCUGGUGGCUUGGGGCCUAUGGCUCGCCUCUGUCCAGGUUGCGCAGGCCGCCACUAGUGGGAGGUUUGGACAUAGGUCUUUCAGGAAGAGACAGGCUGUUGAAGAGCCCGCCGCUCCCAAGUUUGAAGGACUCCGGCUCUCCUACGUCACCGAGACCACCACCGAGAAAGUGACCGAGACCCAGGUCAUCGUUCAGACUGCCCAGAACGAUGCCGUCGCCGCCGCCGAGACCGUCACUGUGACCAUCAACCCGCCCGCCGUUACCGUCACCAUCAACGCGCCGGCUGAAACCGUUACGAUCAAUGCGCCUCCCAUCACCAUCACCGAAGUCGCCGCGGCACCUCCUCCCAUCACUGUCACCGAGACUAUCACUUCAGCUGUUGCCCAGCCGUUUACUGUUGUCGAAGUUUCACCCAUCACCAUUGUCGAGGUCUCCCCUAUCACCGUUGUCGAUGUCGUCACCCAGCCCGUGCCACAGCCGCCUGUGACCGAGACGAUCACUGUCGCUGGCGAAGCUCCCGCGAAGCCUCCCGUUACUCUCAUCCAGACUGUGCAGGCACCAGCAGACAGCGCUGAGGAUAACAAGACAGCGGGACCAGGCGUCACCACUAUCCCCAUCGCUGAAAGCGCCCUCCCGACGACGACAUUCUCUGAGGACCCUCUGGCCCAGUCCCGCGUUGAAGAAUCAUCCUCCACUGAGGAGUCGGCGACAUCUGCCAAGGAGUCAGCAACAUCUGCUCAGGAAUCGACUGCACCAGCCCAGGAAUCAACUGCAUCGGCCAAGGAGUCGACCGCCAGCUCCAAGGUAUCGACAACAGCCGCGAAAGAAUCAACCACCGAGGUCGCCAGCGUCCCCAACGACACUACCGAAGCAGUCCCGACGACCGAGACACCAGCUGCCACGUCUGCCCCCGCCAUCCCCGUCAUGGAGAGCAACAUCGUUCUGGGGCCAUCGCCAUCCAACGACGCAGCAGCACCCGCACCCGCUCAGCCUACUGGGGGCUCCAAUUCGCUCAACCUUGGUGACCUAGCACCCGACGCAACUGCAGACGCUGGUACGGCCUUGCCUGCCGUCACGGCCGAACCAGAAGCCGAAGAGCCCCGGACCCGUGCUCCCAUCAACAUCUCAACCCUGUCCCUCAGCAGCGCGAUCAACUUGGGAAAUCUCGGCGGAGGAGGAGGAGCAGGUCUGCUCAAAGCCCGUGCGACGAAUGCUCCGUGA